GUGGCCAGAAUCCUGGAGGUGACUCCAGAGGUGCAAAGGAUGAUGGGAGUCAGUUCUGGCAUGGAGCUGCUGACGUUACCACAUGGCCAACAGUUGAGACUGGACCUGCUGGAGAGGUGCCAGACCAUGGCCAUCAUGUUGGCUGUGGAUGUGUUGGGCUGCACGGGGACGACGGAGGAGAGGGCCGGCCUGCUGCACAAAAUCAUCCAAAUCGCAGCCGAGCUCAAGAGCAACAUGGGCAACAUGUUCGGCUUCGCUGCCGUCAUGAGAGCUUUGGAGCUGCCGCAGGUGUCCCGUCUGGAGCAGACCUGGACGGCGUUACGGCAGCGACACACAGAAGGCGCUAUCCUCUAUGAGAAAACUCUGAGGCCGUUUAUGAAGAGUCUGAACGACGGGAGAGAGAGCUGUCCGCUGUCCAGCACCACUUUCCCCCACGUCCUGCCCCUCCUGUCUCUGUUGGAGAAGAGCGUGGCGGUUGGUGAUGGAACAGAGCCGUGGGAGACGGUGGAAGUCGGGGUGGACAUCGUCAUGUUCCACCUGGGGGCGGCGAGGACCAUCGCUCAGCUGGGGGGCAUCUACCACUCCAACGCUGAGAGCAAACUACAAGGUUUCCAGGAGCAGGCGGAGAUCUCGGAGAUCUUCCUCACAGACUUCCAGAUGAGACUCCUGUGGGGGAGCAGGGGAGCCGGGGAGAGUCAGGCUCUUCGAUACGCCAAGUUUGACCAGGUUCUGACCGCCCUGUCCAACAGGCUGGAGCCACCCGCCAGACCGCUCUGACCCCAGACCUGUUUUUAAUAACUCCGCUUAUCUGGGACGAGCUCCCUGUCAUGUUCUCAGUCUUGCAUGGGACAGUCUGUUGGACAUUGAGCUGCUCCUGAAGCCUGAUGUCUCACUCAAGAGAAACUGGAACGUCAUUACAUUAUCAAAGGGAGAGCGAGUCGAUGUUUCCACUGCAGCCGCAAACACACUUCAUACAGUCAGCUUAUAGACUCUAGAGCACUGGUGGCCAAACUUUUUUGGUUGCGGACCAUAUACAAUAAAAAUAUAAGGAGUCAUAAGCUAAAUAAGAGUAAAUACAUUGUUUUCAACCAGC